CAGUAAACUUCCGGUAAAAGUGGAAAUGAAACUUUUUUCACAAUUAUCGCGCAGGAACUGCACCCCCAAGGUAGCUUUGAGACAGCUAUGAUAUAUGUAGCUCAGAGUAUACUUCUACUACAAACUUAACUUGGCAGAGAUGGUUGUUAUGAAUACAAAACUAUUUCACCGUUGGAGGGUCUUCAAGUUUUACACACAGAGAAAAUUGUUGCAUAAAUUUUCAAAGGCUGUGCCAAAAGAAUGUGUAUCAAACAGCUGUUUUUAUCAAAAUUCCAUAAUUAAAGGGGAUGAACAAUGUAUACCAGGCCAAAAAAAUAUCUGUAUACCAUUGACAAAAUUGCAUUGGACAGAGGGAGAGAAGUGUAUCAAAUUAUUAAACCCUCUGAAAAUUUCAACAGUUGUGAUUCAAUCAGUAUUAAAAGCAAACUUUUCCAAGGAUGUUAAACAUACCUCUAAUUUAAUCAAAUGUAAAUGUGUUUGUCUCCCAAGAAACUUUUUGACACGUUUUCGGCAAUCUGUGAUAUUAGGGGAACUUUCUAGUCGAGUUUAUUUUGUUUCGGCUUGCCAUUACUCCACACAGACUGGUUCUGGUGAUGGUGAGCCAAAUCAAGAAGGAACUAAUUCUCAGGAACACAGUGAUGUUGAGGCAUGGGAGAUGUUGGUGGAUUACAAUAAAUUAUCUCCAACGGAGAAAAAAAUCCACGAACGUCAUCGAACUGCAGUCAAGAAGAAACAGUUGAUGUAUGUUGACCCUUUAACCGGGUAUCACGUUAUGACACGGACAGCCCAUUUGGAACGUGGGGAAUGCUGUGGUAAUGCUUGUAGACAUUGUCCUUAUGGGCAGGUGAAUGUCAAGGAUGAGACAAAAAAGAAGAAAUUCAACUCCGCAUUUUAUGUCUAAAGUUUAUGAAUGAAUAAAAUAUAUAUUGAAUUUUA